CCCGGCCCCGGCCCCGCCGGUCCCCGGGACGAUGCCGAAGCCCCCGGCCCCGCGGACGGGAUGAGAUUGGGAUCGUCGCCAUGGGGCGGAGGGGAUGAAGGACACCGCGGGGCAGGGUAAAGCCGGCACCGGCAUGGCGGGUGCUUCGGUGAAGGUGGCGGUCAGAGUCCGGCCCUUCAACGCCCGGGAAACCAGUCGCCAGGCCAAGUGCGUCAUCCAGAUGCAGGGCAACACCACCUGCAUCACCAACCCCAAACUCCCCAAAGACGCCACCAAACACUUCACCUUCGACUACUCGUACUGGUCCCACACCUCGGAAGAGGACCCCCACUUUGCCUCGCAACGCCGCGUUUACCGGGACAUCGGGGAGGAGAUGCUGCUCCACGCUUUCGAGGGUUACAACGUCUGCGUCCUCGCCUACGGCCAAACCGGCGCCGGUAAAUCCUACACCAUGAUGGGCAGGCAGGAGGCCGGGCAGCAGGGAAUCAUCCCGCAGCCCCGGCUCAGCGCCACUCGCCCCCAGCUCUGCGAGGAUCUCUUCGCCCGCGUCGGCCGUGAGGGAUCCCCCGAUCUCACCUUCUCCGUGGAGGUGAGCUACAUGGAGAUCUACUGCGAGCGGGUGCGGGACCUGCUGAACCCCAAAAGCCGCGGGGGGCUGCGGGUGCGGGAGCACCCACUGCUGGGUCCCUACGUCCAGGACCUGUCCCGCCUGGCCGUCACCUCCUUCGAGGACAUCGCCGACCUGAUGGACAGCGGCAACAAGGCCAGGACGGUGGCGGCCACCAACAUGAACGAGACCAGCAGCCGCUCGCACGCCGUCUUCACCAUCGUCUUCAGCCAGCGCCGCCACGACCGCCUGACCGACCUCCACACUGAGAAGGUCAGCCGGAUCAGCCUGGUAGACCUCGCCGGCAGCGAACGCGCCGACGCCUCGGGAGCCAAGGGAAUGCGCCUGAAGGAAGGCGCCAACAUCAACAAAUCUCUGACCACGCUGGGGAAAGUCAUCUCCGCCCUGGCCGAGGCGCAAAACAGCAAGAAGAAGAAACCGGAUUUCAUCCCCUACCGGGACUCGGUGCUGACCUGGCUGCUGAAGGAGAACCUGGGCGGUAACUCCCGCACGGCCAUGAUCGCGGCGCUGAGCCCGGCCGACAUCAACUACGAGGAGACGCUCAGCACCCUGCGCUACGCGGACCGCACCAAGCAGAUCCGGUGCCACGCGGUGAUCAACGAGGACCCCAACGCCCGGCUGAUCCGGGAGCUGAGGCAGGAGGUGACGCGGCUGCGGGAGCUGCUCAGCGCCCAGGGGCUGCCCCCCGCCCCCCCCGGCCAGAACCCGGCUGCGCCCCCACCCCCUCCCGCCGCCCCCCUCAACGGGGGGUCGGAGCCGCUGCCCCCCCUCGGCGCUGCGGAGGCCAUGGAGCGGCUGCAGGAGACGGAGAAAAUCAUCGCGGAGCUGAACGAGACCUGGGAGGAGAAGCUGCGCAGGACGGAGGCGCUGCGGCUGGAGCGGGAGGCGCUGCUGGCCGAGAUGGGGGUGGCCCUGCGUGAGGACGGCGGCACCGUCGGCGUCUUCUCCCCUAAAAAGACCCCCCACUUGGUGAACCUCAACGAGGACCCGCUGAUGUCCGAGUGUCUCCUCUACCACAUCAAGGACGGCGUGACCAGAGUGGGCCAGGUGGACGUGGACAUCAAGCUGUCGGGGCCGUUCAUCGGGGAGCAGCACUGCCUCUUCCGCAGCUGCCCCGACCCCUCGGGAGAAGUGGUGGUGACGCUGGAGCCGUGCGAGGGGGCAGAGACCUACGUCAAUGGGAAGCAGGUGACGGAGCCGGUGGUCCUCAAAUCGGGCCACCGCCUCGUUUUGGGGAAGAACCACGUUUUCCGCUUCACCCACCCGGAGCAGGCGCGCAGGGAGCGGGAGCGCGGCCCCCCCGGGCCCCCCCCCGACUGGAACCUGGCCCAGCGGGAGCUGCUGGAGCAGCAGGGCAUCGACAUGCGCCUGGAGAUGGAGAAGAGGCUGCAGGACCUGGAGAACCAGUACCGGCGGGAGAAGGAGGAGGCCGACCAGCUGCUGGAGCAGCAGCGGAUGCACGCCGACCCCGAGAGCGGUGACGACCCGGAGCAGCGCUGGUGCGAAGCCGGUUGGCGCCUCAUCUCCUCCCUCCGCCAAAACCUCCCGGCUCCCACCGUCCGUUCCAUCGUCCGCCGGUGCGGCCUCCCCAACCCCGGCAAACGCCGCGAACCCCUCCGGGUUUACCAAAUCCCUCAACGACGUCGGCCGACGACGCCGGAUCCUCCCUGGGUCACCAUGGCGGAUCUGAAGAUGCAGGCGGUGAAGGAAAUCUGUUACGAGGUGGCGCUGCGGGAUUUUCGGCAAGCGCGGCGAGAGGUGGAAGCCAUGAGCAUCGUCAAGAUGAAAGAGCUUUGCCGACGUUACGGCAAACGGGAUCCUCACGAGCGAGAAACCUGGCGCGCCGUGGCGCGGGACGUUUGGGAUACGGUGGGAGGAGGCGAAGAGGAUGGCGGCGGCGCCGGUGAUGUCAGCGGCGCGGAGGUGGAGGGGCUGCGAGCUCACCUGGAUAAACUGGCCGGGAUCCUGCGGGAGGUGAAGCGGCAGAACAGCGCCAAGGACGAGCAGAUCCGCGCCCUGCGGGAUCGCGUCGGAAAGAUGGAGCGCGUCAUCCCCCUCCCGCCGCAGGAGGAGGAUGCAGAGGCCCAGCCCCCCCCUCAGGAGCCCCCCCAACCCGACGCCGCCCGGGGGUCGCCCCCCCCUUCCUCUUCCUCACCCUCCUCCUCCUCCUCGGCGGCGGAGCGGCUGUGCCGGCUGAUGGAGCAGGAUCCGGCGUUCCGGCGGGGGCGGCUGCGGUGGCUGCGGCAAGAACAGGCCCGGUUGCGGGGGGGGGGUCUGCAGCCCCCUACCCCCUCCCGUCGCCCCCCCCGUUUCACCCCUCCCCCCCAGGACUGUAAGCUGCGCUUCCCCUUUAAGAGCAACCCCCAACAUCGCCUGGCCUGGGGGGGGGGGCCCCCCCACGAGGACAACAACCCCCCCCUCCCUUUUUCGGGGCGCCCCCGCCGGGGGUCUCUGGAUGGGGGGAGCCCCCCCCGGCAACCGCCAGCACCGGGGACGCCCCCCCCGCACACCGGGGACCCCCCCCGCGUCCGCCGCCAGCACUCGGCCCCCGACCUGAAGGCGCGAGGCCCCCCUGCCUAGGGGGGGGCGGGGGGGGGGCAGUGCCGCGGGGGGUGAUGGGAUACUGGGGGACACCCCCACCCCCCCCAUAUGGACAAUCAGGGGCCGUCCUGCGGGGGGGGGGGGGGCUCUGCUGCUAUCACCCCCCCCCCCCCCAUGUGUGUGCGUGUGUCUGUGGGGGGUGCCCUCUGAUUAAGGGGGACUCCCCCCCCCCCCAAUUAAGGGGAUGCCCUAAUUAAAGGGGGAGCCCUCUAAUUAAAGCGGAACUCCUCAUUAAAGGGGGCGCCCCCCCCCCCCGCAAUUAA